AAGUUUGACACUGUUGGAUAGUGCCUGUUUUGCACAGACACUGCCUAUUGGUUACAUUACGCUGUUCUUCUGUUCCUGCUACAGAGGAAUAGGUGUCAGUUUAUUUCUGUAGUAUUAAUAACUACACUUUAACCCUUACAAACCUCAUCUUUUUGACUAUAGCAUCUAUAAUGCUAUGUGCAACCCCACUUUCUCUGGUUUUAACCUCUGGAUCAGAGUGCUGUAAUGCCAAAUCUAAUAUUCCCGGCCAGAUUUGACUGAAUGUGUGUGAAUGUGACUCAUGGGCACUCAAAGGAAUGACUUUGUUACACUAAAGGAAAGCCAUGUUGUGGAGAUUGAAUUGACAGCUGCUGCCAGGUUAAAUGCUCCGUCAAAGCACCAUUUUCCAUCUGUCUAAUGCUCUCUUCCUUUUCUCCUUCGAAAAUGACCUUCACAGAGAAGUGUUUCCUACAAGGUAACUUUGACAAUCGACUACCUUUUCUGAGUGGAGAAGUCUGGACUAUGAUCUUUACUCAGUUCUAUCUGAAUCAUGAUGAAUCAGCCGGCAUUGUCCGUUGUGGUGCGCACAUUUUAUUUAUGUUUUCCAGUCUCAUACACAGUUGUCCUCAGCAUUGGGCAAUUGGAUGUCCUCCACAGAUAAAUGUAAUCUGUUAUCUGUUAUUCUUCAGAAACACGGUCUCCGGUCUCCUCUUCAGUCCGUUGUGAUGGCACAACCACACCCAUAAUUCUUACUCGCCUUGAAUAAUGGCAAUGAGCGGAUGUGGUUACCUUCAUUAGAUCUGGACUCUGGGUCUGAAACUUUUAUUCUUUUGUGGUCUUAUUCUUUUACAGAUCUGUUCUGGAUCCUGUCGUGCUACAGAGAUGUUAACAUUUUAACUAAUGUGCUCACUGGGUCUUUUAUUGUCUUUUAGCUGUCAUGUCUUGUAAUGAAGAUGCUGUUGUGGUUCUUCUAUUUAUAUGAAUGUUGAUACUAACCCAGACUGGGGUCAUUUUGUGUACGUUUACAGUCUUUGUGUCCUUUGUUGGUGUUGUUUCAUGUUACAUUUACACUUUCUGUUUUUCUGUACACUUUUCUGUUUCUAGUCACAUACCGGAGUGUGUUUUAUCUCUCUUGAAUUCAUAGUGCACAUCGGGAAAUUCUGAUAAUUCUGCUGGUUUUUAACUUCUUGCACCAGUCAGUCUGGUUUUGUACUACAGUGUGUGAAGAGGAAGUCUCCUCUGUUAUACUCGUAUUAAUCAUCACCCCAAUGCUAAAAUAUUAUCGCAGCACAAACCACCAAAGCUGUUUCUCCACAAUGCGUGUGACAUUGUUGCCUUUGUCCAUUAGCAACAUUUCCUCAAAAUCUCACAGGAAAUGUUUUGUGUCAGUCUUGCAACUUGGAAAAAGAGUUGUAAGCAAUUUCUGACUCGUUGUUCUGCCUUCCCUUACUGUCAGAAAAAAAAAGUGUGGAAAUUGUAAAUUUAGGUGUACAACAGCUUGUGGCAGUACCCUUAAAAGGGUAUCUUUGUACCUUAUAACCCUAAAAGAUGCAUAUUAGUACCUGUAGAGUAGUAAUAUGUACCUUUAAGGUACUGCUCUGCACCUUUAAGUUGUAAAUAAGUUACAAAGAUGUCCUUGGGGUUCUGCCCAAUUUACAAAUGGUACAAUUUCUGCUCAUUUUUCAUGAGAAUGUUGAAAACUCUAAAUAGUGACAAUUCUGUGAAUGAUAUUGGCUGUGGUUCGAUGUUCUCCGAUGAUGUCAGACAUCUAAAUCACUUCACAUCCUCUGCCAUGUUUACAAGCCCCUGUCUGUGUCUGAGCUUUCUGUUGGGCUUAUUUUUUUCUAAUUUCUGCUUUGGAAAGGACCACCAUGGAGCUUGACUGUCUUAUUCAAACACUUAUAGCCUGAAAUCAUUCUUAUCAAUGCCAAUAGAUGAUGUUUCUGGGAGGACCUCAUUGCAGGAGACUGAAUCAGUGGAACAGAAAUGCAGAUGGCCAUUACACAGAUUUCUGGUGUGCUGUGAUCACCACCCUGCCUGUUUGUUUAUUGUUGUGUCCUGUCUUUCUAUCCAUUCAGUUUUUGUAAUGAUGUUUCUGGUACUUUACAGAUGGGUACUUGCACAUACUUUGUUUUAUUUGUGGGGGAGGGCCGGGCAUCUAAUUUAUUCAAUGAAAUAAAGACGUUAUGAUCAUAUUAUUUAGUGUUUUGGGAUUUUUAAUUUUUUUAUUAUUAUUAUUGGUGCUUGCUAAGUUAAUAAUUCUUAAUAAGCUCUUCAAAGCUGAACUGUCAUUGUGUCAGUGUAACUGCUUUCUGAAGGAGUGGCCUCCAAUCGUGUUGCAGUUGCUGGAUUGUUUCUGCUCCAUGUGAAAGGUUUAUCUUCUGACGCUGUUCCUCUAGUUAGUCCACCUUGUGUUCAGUGAGAGAUCCCACAAGUGCCUGUGACAUUCUCAGCACGGCAUCUAUAAAGACCCCCGGUUUGUGCGGUCAUCAUCUUUUCUUGCUUUCCUGCUGCUGUCAUGGCCCUGCUGAGAGUGUCUUCCUACCGUAAGCUAUUUGAGGCGGAGCAGUGGAGCCAGGCUGCAGGACGCUGUGGAGUCCAGGCCCGCUUCACUGCCAGGGGUGGAGUUUCAGUGCGUGAAUGUCCAGAGCUGGAUUUUGCUGCAGCUCGUGCCCUGAACAAGGAGGGCGUGGCUCAAUUUGUCCAUGAACGCUCUGUCAUUGCUGCCCUCAACGAUCGCCUGGCUGGCCUCAUCGACGUGGUUUGGUGUCUAGAAGAGGAGAACGAGUCUCUGGAGGCUGAGAUUCUUGAGCUGGAGUAGAGGCUGGAGUCAGAGCAG